AUGCCUGCAAUAACCCGACUCUUCAACAUCAGGACUGUUGAUUCCUCUGGAGAAGAGAAGUUGACUAACCGCAUCAGUACUGAGGCGGAAAUCGAUGCAAAAGCCACCCUAGGCACGGACGUAUCAAAGUCUUCCAAUGACAUUCAGAUCCUUGAUGUGUAUCUUGAGUUGCCCGAGGAAAAGGAGGAGAAGAAGAAGGAGCUAAGCGCGGCAGCUCAGAAGGUCUUGGAUAGCGAUCUGGAUAUGGAUUUGAUGGUAUGGAAUGAAUUUCAUCCAUGCAUUAUGAUUUUCGAAACUGACCAUGUGCGCGUGCAGAAAAAUAAACCGGAGUUGAUAUCUGCAACGCUGAAAGAGCUUGCUAGCAAGUAUAACCAUGCCAACUUCAAGGCCGGCGUCUCUAAGGAGAGUGUUGUGGUUGCUGGCAGCAUGUCUGAAGAAGACUGGGACUCGGUUCUUCGGAAUACCCAAUUCCUGAACGGCCAUAGAAUGGUUUUUACCACCUAUGCAAAUGGCACUAAAGGAUUCAAGAGGAUUGAUAAGGCUCCCUAUACUGCAUUCUCUAUCAAACCCAGAAAAAUGACCAGCAUGGAAAAGGCCGAUAAAAGCAUCAAACUUGAAACCGAAUACCGAAUCCCUAGAUACGUUGUGACUGAUGACUCCUAUGUCAACGUCUUUGAAACGUCAACUGCACUUUCUAAAAGUGUUGCAUCGAGUUCUUUCUCUCAAAUGGAUAUCGAAGCCUCAGCUGGAGGAAAUGUUUUCGGUGCCAGUCUAUCUGUAAAGGCCGGUUUCAGCCAGAGUGAAAGCCAGGCUAUGGCUUCAUCUCAAUCAUCUUCGGCAAGAACCAUGAACAUCACUUACAAUUUUCCGAGAGUUGUCUUGCAUCUUGACCCAAGAAGUCUGGAGCUGACAGAUGAAUGUAAAACCGCCGUGCAAGGAGUGACGGACGAAGCAACUCUUGUCCAAUUCCACCAUGAUUUUGGACAUUUCUUUUCUACCAAUCUUCAGCUAGGUGGGAAGCUCUAUGCCUCUGAGCAAUUCACCUCUUCAGAAUCUGCGAGUGCAGAAGAGAAAUCAAAUGCAAUGAAGGCUAGCGCUCAAGCUUCCUUCUCCUAUGGAACAUUCCAAGCUUCGGCCAGCGUAAGCUAUGAAGAGAAUGGAAAGUCAUCAGGCUCAAAUCAAAGCAGCAGAAUGUCAAAUUCUCUCACAUGGGAAGCCCAGGGCGGUGACACAAUUCUGUGCAAUGAUCCCCCGAAUUGGUGCCACACUGUUAAGCCGUUCAAUCACUGGAGAGUGAUCAACCAACAAGAUGUGCUACCAUUGGUGGAUUUUAUCGGACGCUUCACUGAUUUCUCGCACAUUCCCAAACUCUUUGCAGAUAUUGUAGCGGGGACUAGAAAGCCUGUUAAUCGUCGGUUCCGUCUUCGAGCUAAAGAAACAGAGUAUGUUGGAGCAAAUGAAUACUAUGGCCUGCGUGAACAUGCCUCAAAGAGACGACUUGGUAUGUUUCGACAGUAUUCAAAAUUGAUUAGUUCCUGCUAA